GCAGAGACGCUCCUAUAGCUCAGCGCGAGGCACUUUACAUCGCACUGACAGAGGGGCGACCAUUCCCCGAAGCUCCCAUCCGUCCACGCGAUCCCAGGCCCGCUGCAGCAUCCAGGAAUAAGAGGGAAUAACGUUUUUUUUUUUACCAGAUUAAUUUUCAAGGUGUAAUCGAGUGAGAGAGAGAGAAAGAAACAAUGUCCUAUCAAGGGAAAAAGAACAUCCCGAAGAUCACAAGCGAUCGGCUUCUGAUCAAAGGCGGGCGGAUCGUGAACGAUGACCAGUCCUUUCACGCCGACAUCUACAUGGAGGAUGGCCUCAUUAAGCAGAUCGGAGACAACCUGAUCGUGCCUGGCGGCGUGAAGGUCAUCGAGGCCCAGGGAAAGAUGGUGAUCCCGGGUGGCAUCGACAUCCACACCCACUUCCAGAUGCCUUACCGUGGAACCACGACCGUGGACGACUUCGCUCAGGGAUCCAAGGCCGCCCUCGCCGGGGGAACAACGAUGGUCGUGGACCACGUGAUCCCCGACCCCGGGAACAGUCUGCUGGAGGCGUACGACCAGUGGAGGCAGUGGGCCGACGAGAAGGCGUGCUGCGACUACUCGCUCCACGUGGACAUCACCCACUGGAGUGACAGCGUACAGCAGGAGCUGGAGUGUCUCAUCAAGGAGAAAGGUGUGAACUCGUUCCAGGUCUACAUGGCUUACAAGGACUACUAUCAGAUGACCAACAGUGAGCUCUACGAGGUCUUCACCUUCUUGGCAGAGAGGGGCGGCAUCGCUCAGGUCCAUGCUGAAAAUGGCGAGAUCAUUGCUGAGGAGCAGGCGCGCAUGCUGCAGAUGGGUAUCACUGGACCAGAGGGACACGUGCUCAGCAGGCCAGAGGAGCUGGAGGCAGAGGCUGUGUUCCGUGCCAUCACCAUCGCCAGCCAAACCAACUGUCCUCUCUAUGUGACCCGAGUCAUGAGCAAGAGCGCUGCAGACAUUAUCUCACAGGCUCGCAAGAAAGGAAAUGUUGUGUUUGGGGAGCCAAUCACAGCCAGCCUGGGGACGGAUGGGACACAUUACUGGAGCAAGAACUGGGCCAAGGCAGCUUCUUUUGUAACAUCACCUCCUCUCAGCCCUGAUCCCACCACCCCAGACUAUCUGAACACACUGCUGUCAAGUGGAGACUUGAGCGUGACUGGCAGUGCUCACUGUACAUUCAGCGUGGCCCAGAAGGCCAUUGGCAAGGACGACUUCACUCAGAUUCCGGAGGGUGUCAACGGAGUGGAGGAGCGAAUGGCUCUCAUCUGGGAUAAAGCUGUGACUUCCGGUAAGAUGGACGAAAACAUGUUCGUGGCCGUGACCAGCACGAAUGCGGCUAAGAUCCUGAACCUGUACCCUCGAAAGGGCCGGAUCGCCGUCGGCUCUGACGCGGACCUCGUCAUCUGGGACACAGACUCCAUCCGCACCAUCACUGCCAAGACUCACAACUCGGUGGCCGAGUACAACAUCUUUGAGGGCAUGGAGCUGCGCGGAGCCCCACUGGUGGUGAUCUGCCAGGGGAAGAUUGUUCUGGAAGACGGAAACCUGCACGCCACCGCCGGCGCCGGCCGCUUCAUUCCCUGCUCUGCCUUCCCUGACUUUGCCUACAAGCGCGUUAAAGCCAGGAAGCAGCUGGCCGUCCUGAAGGCCGUGCCCAGAGGGAUGUACGACGGCCCGGUGUCCGAGUACUCCAUGUCGCGCGGCGGCACGCCCUCCGCGUCGGCGCGCACCUCCCCGACCAAACAGCCCGUCAGAAACCUGCAUCAGUCUGGAUUUAGUCUAGCAGGUAACCCUGCAGCAUGCGGUCCCCCCGCCCCAGACGACAUCCCCAUCAGGCCUGCUGGCCGCCGUAUUGUAGUGCCCCCCGGUGGUCGUUCCAACAUCACAUCCCUCAGUUAAACAGCAGGAGGAGGAGGAGGAGGGGAUGCAUUCCAGAAAACGGCAGCAGCAAGAGUGCAGGAGGGAAGGAGGGAGGGAGUGAGGGAGGGAGGAGGAGAUGCAGAGGACCAUGAUUAGUUAAAUGUUAAAAGAGCAACACACUGAAUCCUCAUGCCUUACCUGCCGCAAUGCUACCUUGCUCAGAAGAGAACAGUAUCCCUUUUCCUGGGGGAAUUUUGGGAAUCUUUAAAGUGGGUCUUUGGAUUUGGCUACUUAUAGGAUUGAAGUUUCCGCCAAAGCACAAAACACAUAAU